AUGAGUUAUAACGAUUAUUAUAAUAUAGAUGAUAUUCUAGCAGAAGAAGAAAGAAUACUUUGUACAUUUAAAACAGAUGGAUUUCGUUUGGGUCAUUUAGAUUCUGGUUCAGAUGAUGUAGAUAUAAAAAAAGGAACAAAUAUAGAACUUUCAUAUUGGUUAGUUAGAUCAUUAAAUGAAAAUAGAUAUGUAGAUAUAGUAGAACCGGUAGCAUACCAAGAAGAGUUUAGAAACAAGUUGGCUGCUGAUUCAAAGGUUAUCUCAAUGAGGAAGUUUCCUUAUUAUGAUAGAUAUGGUACUAAAAUUGCUUUAUUUAUUAAUGUCCUUAUUUUAACUAUCUUAAGAUUCAAAGAUAAUGUAUUAUGUUCAACAUUAUUCCAAUCAUUUAAAGAACGCUUUUUCCAAAUAUUCAAACAAUCACUACAUCAGAGGAAUGCAGAUAUCUCUAGAAUCAAGAAUGAUCUAACGUCUACAGAGAAUAUCAUAUUCACAUUGGGUUAUGUAGCAUCGAUGGAAUACGAGUCGUGGAAGAAUCGUCGAGGUGAUAAGAUUAUAUCGACCAAUCUAAAAUAUAGUACAGCCUCCAACAAUCAAUCAAUGAUAGCUACCACUCAAAAAGAUAAUGAUUCAAUGGUACUCAAAAAGAGAAAGAGAUUAGGUGAUAAUACAAACCAAAAUGAUGAUUAA